AUUCAGGUGAGGCUGUGAGCGGAAGGCAACCUGCAAACAUGCCGAACCGAGAAAGGGCGCUCAGUUUCUCACUUCCUCUAUCAAGUAACAAAUGCUUAAAUCCAACAUUGAAGCUCCUAAAGUUGAGAAUUUGUGAUGACUAGAUCCAACAAGGUUAACCCUCCUCUCUAGUGCUUCAGCUGCAAAUCGCAGAAACUCAAACACAUUUCACAAGAACGUGGGCGUUAACCCCAUUUUUGAUCAUCAGCCCAAAGAAGAAGACGUGACAUUGAUGCUACCGAUCUCUCGGAUCCCUAGUCCACAAUUCCCAAAAAUUUGCAGAAUCUCGAUAAAACACUCUCUUUAUUUCUUCGUUCUUGCAAGUUGCAGUCUUUGCUUCUUCUACAGGGCACGUACAGAGAUACUCCAUAUUAUAAUGAGAGAUUAUGGGACGGAGGGGGAGCAGAGUUGAGGGAGAAACCACUGAAAUGUUCACGAAUUUUAUUGAUUUUUUCUGAGGGAGAUGACGAGAGGUGGAGAGUGGUUGGGCGGGGGUUACCGCAGCGGGAGAAGAGGGAAAUGGUGUUCGUACAAGUGGGCAACAAUCACUGUCUGCUCCAUCAACACCGUGGUUGCUUUCUUUGUGCUUCACUCUCUCUUCACUUCUCUGUACAUGUAUAACGAUAACCAGAGGGAUUUUAGAUAUAGCCCAGAUCAGAUUAGGACAAUGGCAGACUCUAUUCGAAUACGAAAAGGAUCAGAACCUACAGAGCUUGUUAAGCUGGUAACACAAAUAAAGCAGAAGCUUUUAGUGGAAGAAAAGGUAGUGGGAGCACCACAUCCCAUGAAACAGAAGAUAGCAGAUGAGAUUAUAGCAACUUUGAGAGGCUUGAAAGGUGUUGUAAAUGCAACCUUGCAGAGAGAGGCAGUUGAAAACUGGCGCAAGGCAAAAGUAGAAGAAGCCAAUAAAGUUAUACAUGGGAAUAAAUCAAAUUCGAGUAUUGCACCAGAGGAAGCUGUUGCAUUAGCAAGAGCUUUGGAGAUUGAUUGGUUUGAGCUGUCUGAGGAAAUUGGUCUCCAUAUACCAGUUGAGGUCAUUAAUAAGGAACAUGAUGACAAACCUGAUGGAGCGGAAUUUGAAAGUGAAAUGAUUGCUGGCAAAAAACUUCCUCCUGAAUGUCACGCAGAGCUUCAUACAGAUUAUGAUGGCGAUGCAGUCAGAUGGGGCCUAACCCACCUUAAAGAAUCUGCAUAUGACUGUUGUAUGGCUUGUUUGGAUCAAGCUAAGCAUGCAAAACCAGGCGAGAAAAAGUGCAAUAUAUGGGUUUACUGCCCAUCUGAAACGGGAUGUUAUUCCCCUGAUAUUUAUCAACAUAAACAUCAGGAAUGCUGGCUGAAAUCUUCAGAGAAUCCCAGAUUGAAUUUUAAGGCGCGGUAUUCUGAAUCUUUUAGAAAUGUCAAUCCGAAUGCACCAUUAGUCGUUCCAUGGAUGUCUGGAGUUGUAAGUGUAUAAGCUACUCGCUAACAGAAGAAGAUAACGCAACCUUGAUCCUUGAAGAAAGCUGCUUUAUAGCUGUGUGGAGUGGUAAAAAUCAGUCUGUAUCUUGUUAACCAGACAUUCAAUUUUUCCCCAUUGCAGCUUCUGAGAACUUUCUUUGUCUCUUCUUUGCUGUAUGGUGGAUAGAUCAUUGUAUUGGGUCUGACCAUUUUUUCACAACUUCAUAGAUUGAUCGAAUGAUCAAAACUGGUAUUAACUCACUCGAGAAAUACAAAGGUUAAGUAUGAGUAACAA